AUGUUGAAAGCAGCAUGGACGAUGAGGUGUUACACGGUGAGGUUGAGUUUGCUGUACCUCUCAUGCUGCGCGGGCAGCGGAGUCAGCAACGUUCAGUUUACGGACACUGAUACUGGCGAGUACUCGUUGGCGGGCACGGUCUCUUGGGACCCACCUGCAGAUGUAUCGCUAGUUGGGAGCUAUACUGUCUGGCUGGCACACGACAACUCGCAGGACAACUUUGCCCUGAUCGAGUUUCUUGCAUCGAAAGUUGUGGUCAACAGCUUGUUGCCGGAUCCAAGUCGAUUCUACGUUCCCGUGGGUAUCAACCAGGUAAGUUUAUCGGCAGCCAAUGCCGAUCGUAGCUUGCAAUUUGGAUACAAAGCGCAGUGGGUCGUCGUCCUGACCAACCGACCAGGAGUUUCUUCAGAGACCGCCUUCCAAGAAGCUGGUCUUGUCGCACUUUAUGACACAUCUAGCCGGACAUUGGGUGGUGACGUCGCGGUGGCGAGCGUUCAGUUCACGGACGAAGACUUUCAUGAAAAUUCCAUCGGAGGCACUGUGAGUUGGCAGCGCGGUGCUGCAACCACAGACUUUGGCUUUGUGGCGGAGUUCCAGCUGUACUUGGCAGAGGACGCUUUGGGGACAAACGAGCGGAUGAUCGACUCAGUGGGCGCGAGCCGGUCGUCCUACGAGAUUACCAACGGUACUGCUGCCACAGAGCGCUUUCUCUUUGUUUAUGCCGCCAAUCCCAACGGGCGGGCUACGCAGGGCACAUUCACAGGCUUUCCGGAUUGGUGGGUGAGCACAACCACAACGAUGUCCACUUCAAGCACAUCCUCCGUAACGCAUACUUCUAGUUCUACAAGCUCCACGUCGUCUUCCACAGCAACCACGACCACAUCCUCGUCUUCUUCAACAAGCACGACAAGCAGCACGACAUCGACAUCAUCCAGCACCACUACCUCUACCUCGACAUCUUCCACGUCAUCGACAACCACCAGCACCAGCACCUCAUCCACAAGCACAUCAUCCACGAGCAGCAGUACUUCAUCGACUUCCUCGACUUCGUCGUCCUCGUCAAGCACGUCCUCGACUUCAACAUCAAGCUCGUCAACUUCCAGCAGCAGCACCAGCACCUCAUCUACGAGCACUUCCUCCACAAGUAGCAGCACUACGUCGACCUCGUCGACUUCAACAUCUUCGUCAAGCACUUCGUCCACGUCCACCUCAAGUUCAUCUACUUCCAGCAGCAGCACCAGCACCUCAUCUAGCAGCACUUCAUCCACGAGCAGCAGCACAACAACGACUACAAUAACGUCAACAUCCUCCUCAAGCACGUCGUCCACAUCCACCUCGAGCUCCUCUACGUCCACUAGCAGCACCAGCACUUCCUCUACAAGCACUUCAUCCACAAGCAGCAGCACUACGUCGACCUCCUCGACUUCAACGUCUUCGUCGAGCACUUCGUCCACAUCCACGUCCAGCUCGUCCACUUCAACCAGCAGCACCAGCACAUCGUCGACCAGUACUUCCUCAACGACCACUUCGUCAACCAGCAGCAGUACCACAUCAACUUCGUCUACCUCAACAUCCUCAUCAAGCACAUCGUCCACGUCCACCUCAACUUCAUCAACGUCCACAAGUAGCACUAGCACAUCCUCCUCGAGCACUUCAUCCACAAGCAGCAGUUCCACAUCGACUUCGUCGACUUCAACAUCUUCUUCAACAACAUCUUCAACUUCCACAUCCACUUCUUCCACAUCAACAAGCAGCACCAGCAGCUCAUCCACGAGCACGUCCUCCACCAGCAGCAGCUCUACAUCCACGUCGUCGACCUCCACAUCCACAUCAAGCACGUCGUCGACAUCGACGUCGAGCUCAACAUCAUCCACAUCGUCCACGAGCACAUCCUCUACAACUAGCAGUUCUACGUCGACAUCAACAAGUAGCACUUCUUCGACUACUACAUCCUCCACGUCCUCAACCGUCACAUCGACCUCGACAACAUCCAGUUCAUCGACUUCGACAAGCAGCACCACCACAUCCUCUACAAGCAGUAGUACCACAUCCACUUCCUCCACCUCGUCAUCCUCGUCAAGCACGUCUUCGUCAUCCACAUCAAGCUCGUCAACGUCCACCAGCAGCACCAGCAGCUCAUCUACAAGCACUUCAUCCACAAGCAGCAGCACUUCAUCGACCUCGUCGACUUCAACAUCUUCGUCGAGCACUUCGUCCACAUCCACGUCCAGCUCAUCUACUUCCACCAGCAGCACCAGCACCUCAUCUACGAGCACUACGUCCACAAGCAGCAGCACUUCAUCGACCUCGUCGACUUCAACAUCUUCGUCGAGCACUUCGUCCACAUCCACAUCCAGCUCGUCCACUUCAACCAGCAGCACCAGCACAUCGUCGACCAGUACUUCCUCAACCACCACUUCGUCAACCAGCAGCAGUACCACAUCGACUUCGUCUACGUCAACAUCCUCAUCGAGCACAUCGUCCACGUCCACCUCAACUUCAUCAACGUCCACAAGUAGCACUAGCACAUCCUCCUCGAGCACUUCAUCCACAAGCAGCAGUUCCACAUCGACUUCGUCGACUUCAACAUCUUCUUCAACAACAUCUUCAACUUCCACAUCCAGUUCUUCUUCAUCAACGAGCAGCACCAGCAGCUCAUCCACGACCACGUCCUCCACCAGCAGCAGCUCUACAUCCACGUCGUCGACCUCCACAUCUACAUCAAGCACGUCGUCGACAUCGACGUCGAGCUCAACAUCAUCCACAUCGUCCACGAGCACAUCCUCUACAACUAGCAGUUCUACGUCGACAUCAACAAGUAGCACUUCUUCGACUACUACAUCCUCCACGUCCUCAACCGUCACAUCGACCUCGACAACAUCCAGUUCAUCGACUUCGACAAGCAGCACCACCACAUCCUCUACAAGCAGUAGUACCACAUCCACUUCCUCCACCUCGUCAUCCUCGUCAAGCACGUCUUCGACAUCCACAUCAAGCUCGUCAACGUCCACCAGCAGCACCAGCAGCUCAUCUACAAGCACUUCAUCCACAAGCAGCAGCACUUCAUCGACCUCGUCGACUUCAACAUCUACGUCGAGCACUUCGUCCACAUCCACAUCCAGCUCGUCCACUUCAACCAGCAGCACCAGCACAUCGUCGACCAGUACUUCCUCAACGACCACUUCGUCAACCAGCAGCAGUACCACAUCGACUUCGUCUACCACAACAUCCUCAUCAAGCACAUCGUCCACGUCCACCUCAACUUCAUCAACGUCCACAAGCAGCACUAGCACAUCCUCCUCGAGCACUUCAUCCACAAGCAGCAGUUCCACAUCGACUUCGUCGACUUCAACAUCUUCUUCAAGUACAUCCUCAACUUCCACAUCCACUUCUUCCACAUCAACGAGCAGCACCAGCAGCUCAUCCACGAGCACGUCCUCCACCAGCAGCAGCUCUACAUCCACGUCGUCGACCUCCACAUCCACAUCAAGCACGUCGUCGACAUCGACAUCGAGCUCAACAUCAUCCACAUCGUCCACGAGCACAUCCUCUACAACUAGCAGUUCUACGACGACAUCAACAAGUAGCACUUCUUCGACUACUACAUCCUCCACGUCCUCAACCGUCACAUCGACCUCGACAACAUCCAGUUCAUCGACGUCGACAAGCAGCACCACCACAUCCUCUACAAGCAGUAGUACCACAUCCACUUCCUCCACCUCGUCAUCCUCGUCAAGCACGUCUUCGACAUCCACAUCAAGCUCGUCAACGUCCACCAGCAGCACCAGCAGCUCAUCUACAAGCACUUCAUCCACAAGCAGCAGCACUUCAUCGACCUCGUCGACUUCAACAUCUACGUCGAGCACUUCGUCCACAUCCACGUCCAGCUCAUCUACUUCCACCAGCAGCACCAGCACCUCAUCUACGAGCACUACAUCCACAAGCAGCAGCACGACAUCGACCUCGUCGACUUCAACAUCUUCGUCGAGCACUUCGUCCACAUCCACGUCCAGCUCAUCUACUUCAACCAGCACCACCAGCACGUCAUAUACGACCACUUCAUCCACAAGCAGCAGCACUACAUCGACCUCGUCGACUUCAACAUCUUCGACCAGCACUUCGUCCACGUCCACCUCAAGUUCAUCCACUUCCACCAGCAGCACCAGCACCUCAUCUAGCAGCACUUCAUCCACGAGCAGCAGCACGACAACGACUACAACAACGUCAACAUCCUCCUCAAGCACGUCGUCCACAUCCACCUCGAGCUCCUCUACGUCCACAAGCAGCACCAGCACCUCAUCUACAAGCACUUCGUCUACCAGCUCCAGCACCACCACAACAACGACAACAUCCACAUCCUCCUCAAGCACUUCUUCCACAUCGACCUCGAGCUCAUCGACGUCCACCAGCAGCACUAGCACAUCCUCGUCGAGCACUUCAUCCACAAGCAGCAGUACCACAUCGUCUUCGUCGACCUCAACAUCUUCUUCAAGCACCUCUUCCACAUCCACGUCGAGCUCAUCGACGUCAACGAGCAGCACCAGCACAUCAGCUACAAGCACAUCCUCCUCGAGCACUUCAUCUACAAGCAGCAGUACCACAUCGACUUCGUCGACCACAACAUCCUCAUCAAGCACAUCGUCCACGUCCACCUCAACGUCAUCAACGUCCACAAGUAGCACUAGCACGUCCUCCUCGAGCACUUCAUCCACAAGCAGCAGUUCCACAUCGACUUCGUCGACUUCAACAUCUUCUUCAACAACAUCUUCAACUUCCACAUCCACUUCUUCCACAUCAACGAGCAGCACCAGCAGCUCAUCCACGAGCACGUCCUCCACCAGCAGCAGCUCUACAUCCACGUCGUCGACCUCCACAUCCACCUCAAGCACGUCGUCGACAUCGACAUCGAGCUCAACAUCAACCACUUCAUCCACCAGCACCUCGCUGACAAGUAGCAGCUCGACGUCCUCGUCAUCAAGUACGACUUCAUGGACUAGCACAUCCUCGACCACGACGUCUUCUACAAGCACAUCGUCCAGCACGUCGACAUCAACUUCCACAACCUCCAGCUCCAGUUCAUCCACAAGCACGAAGAGCUCCACCACGAGCACAUCCUACAGCACCACAACAACUUCUACAUCCUCAACUUCGUCGACUUCCACAACAAACUCUUCCACUACUACUUCGACAUCGAGCACCACGUACUCGUCCACCACUACAUCUUCCACUUUGACCUCAACUACGAAUUCCUCAACCACCACUACCAGCUCAACAACGACAACUUCUUACACGACCACGUCAACAUCGGUUUCCACCAUUUCGACGACCAGCUCCACGACUUCUUCGUCCACCGGGACUUCUACUACUCUCACUGAAACCUCUACGGUGACUCCUGGAGGCAAGAUCUUGACAGCAACUCGUAAGCCGAAGCAGCAUUUGACAGCUUGGUUUUAUUUUCAAGAGGCGAUCCUGAUGGGCUUCUGCUGGGCACCGGUGCAACAUCGCCGGGAGGGACAGCUGCCGAACGGACCUGAGAGAAAAGGGCGGGUGGAGCAAGUUCGCCAGAUAAAUGUUCAGACUCAGAAGUCGUCGCAUCAACGACCUUGCAAGUUAGGUAUGGGCAGUGCAGCCGAGUGCGAUCGAUUCGUUGUUCUGCUCUCUCCCCUGUCCCUGUCAAGGCUGCCUCUCUUGGAGGCUUCCUUCUUCUGGGUGCCGUGCUCGUGCCUCUCUACAGUCGCCUGGCGUGAAAAUUUCAUGAAGUUCAAUCCUUGCAUUUCAGCUGCAGCUUUUAACACGCUUCGAAUCAACUGGAGGAGUCAGGAGGAGGGUCCACAGAUGUCCAAAGUUUUUCGCUGA